ACACAAUAUAGGCAAGUUUCAAUAUUUUGAAUCUUUAUCUUAUGUUGUUUUUCGGUCUGCUUUCUGAAAAUAAAGGGAUAAAAAAAUGGAGAAUUGCUGAGGCUCAGUUCGAGUGGAAGUUUUGGUUUCUUUGUUUUCUCAGAAACCAAACAGAGACUUAGGGCUGUCGAAAUCUGCAUUGAGAAAGAUAGAAAGAUGAACAAGGACAAAAUAUUUAAGCUAGCAAAAGGAUUCAGGGGGAGGGCGAAGAACUGCAUAAGGAUAGCGAGAGAGAGGGUGGAGAAGGCAUUGCAGUAUUCUUACAGAGAUCGAAGAACCAAAAAAAGGGACAUGCGCUCUCUUUGGAUCGAAAGGAUUAAUGCUGGCUCCCGCCUGCACGGAGUUAAUUACAAUAACUUUAUACAUGGGUUGAUGAAGGAGAACAUCCAGCUGAACAGGAAAGUUCUCUCAGAGCUGUCUAUGCAUGAACCUUACACCUUCAAAGCCCUGGUGGAUAUCUCACAGAAUGCCUUCCCUGGAAAUAAGAAAGCGGUGCUUCCUCCCAGAAAGGAAGGCAUUUCAGUUGUUCUGUAAUUGGCCAUUUUGAUCACCUUCCCAUUCAUUUUCCCCCUCCUGUUAUAGAGUAUGUCUGUAACAGAUGUUCCAAAACCUGUUAGGUUUUUAUAUUGGAUCAGUGCUCACUGAAUGCAAGAAAAAACAAAAAGAUAUGUUAUUUCUUUUUUCCCCGAAUAUCAUAUUUGAUUGAAUAA